UAAAGAUUUUAAAAGAGCUUUUAACAGAAAUACAAUAAAGAAAGACCAAGAGAGUGUGACAUGUAUUCUAACGGUGCAUUUCAUGAGGAAGAAAAGGAUGGCAAACUAUUAUUGAAGUACCAUCACCCUGAGUAUUGUCCUACACCACAAACACAGUCCCCAACCUCUUCCACUGACCUUCCUCUCCAACCUCUUUUAUUAUGCCCGUUCAAAUACAUGUCUUCUAUAACAGCGAACUCUGAUGAUCAUCCUGGAAUGCCUUUGUUUUGGUGCAACAAUAGAGAAUUUGAUGCCAGUGGUGAAUGCUACAUAUGCGAAGGCUCAAAUUUCGGCACAGGCUAUUACUUUUGUACCUACUGUGACAUAAAAUUACAUAAAGAAUGCGUUCAAUCUCCACCUAAAAUCAAACACCCUUUCCACCCUGAGCAUUCUUUCCAACUUUUCUUGCAUGAUAAUUUGUCUCGCAAAAUUAAGUGUUUGUGUUGCGGAAGAAGAGCAGAUUGGUUGAUAUAUCAUUGUACCAUAUGUCAGGCUUUUAUGCAUCCAAUAUGUGCGAUGAAGCCAAUACCCUUUGUUAUAGACCCACCUAAAAAUCAUGUCCACCCUCUCACUUUCUUCCCCAGACAAACUUCCUUAACUUGUAACCUUUGUGGUAUGUUGAGAAAAAUUCAUCCCACCUACGUCUGUUUCAGAUGUAACUUUGUUGCUCAUAAUGAUUGUAUGAAUUUUCCACACAUAAUCAAGAUAUCACGUCAUCACCAUCGUAUCUCCUUCACUCUUUCUCUUCCAUCUAGAGAAUGGUUUUGUGGAGUUUGUCGUUUAAGUAUUAGCAAUGAUUGUGCUGCAUAUACUUGUGACAAGUGUAGUGAUUAUGUUGUUCAUCCAAUAUGUGCUACUGGGAAGAAUGUGUGGGAUGGAAAAGAACUCGAAGGUGUAUCAGAAGAAGGUGAUAUAACACAAGAUGAUGGGCCAUUCGAGGUGAUAUCUGAAGGAGUGAUACUUUAUUUUCUUCAUGACCAUCAUCUCAGACUCGAGGUUAGCAAAUUUUAUGACGAAAACAUGCUUUGUCAAGCGUGUGUCCUUCCUAUAUAUGAAGGUAACUUCUAUGUUUGUAUAGAGUGUGAGUUCAUUCUCCAUGAAACAUGUGCUAAAGCUCCUCGUAGAAUCCAACAUGCGUUACAUCCUCAUCCACUUAUAUUGGAGGUUGCCGAAAGAUUUACUCACAGUAUUGUCCAUUGCGACACUUGUGGUCGUCCUUCUCUUGGCUUUGCCUAUGGGUGUAGGGUAUGUGACUUCAAGAUAGAUGUAAGGUGUGCUUCAAUUUCUGAGCCGUUUUAUUAUGAAGGUCAUGAACAUCCCUUGUUCCUAGCUUUAGGUCCAGAAAUAAAGCCCAUAUGUCACGUAUGCAAAACAGAAUGUCUAAAACCAUUAAAUUGCAUCAAAUGCAGUUUUAUUCUAUGUUUCAAGUGUGCAACCUUACCAUACAAAGCAAGGUAUAAGCAUGACACACACUUUCUUACAAUUUCAUGUGAUGAUGAAGUAAGUAAGAAAGAAUGGUGUGAAGUAUGCGAACGUAAUUUAAAAGAUACAUGCACAAAAGUAUUCUACUGGUGCAACGAGUGUUACACCACUUGUCAUAUUGAGUGCUUAAUUGGUAGAGACCCAUAUAUGAUGCCCGGUCAAUAUUUUCAAAAAUGGGUAACGAGGGCUCAUGUUCUUCGCAAACGUAAUACUUCUCGACCAUUAUGUGGUUCUUGUAAGAACCGCUGUCUAGGGAGAAUAUAUGAGUUAGGCCACCGUAAAACAUGUUCAUAUGAAUGUAUUUAAAGAACCC